AUGAGUCGUGUUUCUCGUCAGGACACUUCUCGGAAGCGGGGACGAAUAACAUUCAAUGGUCCAAGCCAACCGAAGAGGCAACGCCGGCUAAGGAGCCAUGAUCCCGCGAAAUCAGCCCCUCCAGCGUCGUUCCUUGACGGCGUAGAGGUGAUCGACUUGUGCGACUCUCUGUCGCCAUCACCCGAAUCUUCAGAGGAUGAAAAUAGCCUGGACGAAGCCUCUAGUGCUAGUCCAUUCGAAUCCCGGUCUCGUGACCAUCAACAACAGGCCAAUGAUGAGUCAAUCGCAUCAAAAACCGAUACUGAAGAUAAUAAUGACAGUGUGGAAAUAAUCGAGAUUGAGGAUUUUCCCCUGGGCGGUGAAGACGUUUCUAGCCGAGCAGAGCCGUCUGGUGUUGAUACUCCCCAGGAUCCAGCUCAUUGUGAACUAGUGUCUACAGGUAGUGACACAAUCGUACAAGCUGAUGAUGAUGCUCGAGAUCAAGUGUCUGACAUUUCGAGUGACGAAUAUACCGGUUCUGACGCUACGGAACCAAAGGUGAACGUUAUGAAGCACGCAGAAACUGGGCUUCUAGUUUGUGCCGAGGGCCACGAACCGAUGGUGGUGCUACGUCAGCAGAUAGGGUACCACUUGCAAAGUAAACACAAGGGCAAUUGUUCCGAAGAGUUCCUCGACAAGCUUCGAAAAGAGCUAAGAAAGAGCAACAUCACCAAGCUUCCUCUCAGAGUGAAAACCAGGCUUCCAGGCAUUCCCGUUACUGAGGCAUUCUAUUGUUUUACAUGUUGUAAAGUCCUCAGAGCCAGAGUGGUGCAUACUGUAAAUAGCCCUACAUGCAAGGGAAGUAAGCGAGUAACGGUCAGAAGUCAGCAGUGCUUUGAUCGCGGAAGCGUGAUUCUUGGGUCCAUUCCAGGAGAGCCCCUCGAUCAUGACCACGUCGAUUCUGAUGAUAGCGAUCUGGAAACAGAAGUUCAAAUCGAGAAGCACAAAGAAACUGGCUUAUUUGUGUGUGCCCACGAUCAUGACCCGGUGGUUGUGCUUCCACAGAACAUCUCAAAGCACAUGGGUCAUAGCCAUAAAUAUGGGUGCUCUGAAGAGUUGCGCGCAAAGAUUCGCCGAGUUCUCAGGCGUUGCACGGUUAUGGAGGUUCCCCCCAAUAUAACCACCAGGCUUCCUUUUAUUCCCAUUGUCACGGUUCAUUUCUGCUUUCACUGUCGCGAGAUUUUCAAGAAACGGCACUUUCAUGAAAAGACAAAUCCCCAAUGUAAAGGCAGCAAAAGCGUACCCGUCAAAUGUCAAUUCUCCGCCCUAAAGAACGGUGUGAUUCUUGGUCCCAUCCCAAACGAAGAAGAUAUCAAUAUGUGCGACCAUGCACUCACUGGUCAGAAUUCUGAAAACUAUUCGGUAUACACUAGCGAUGAAAGUAAUGGGGGUGCUUUAACCAAAGUUAACGUGUUCCUUCACGAGGAAACAGGCUUACGUGUUUGUGCCGAAUCUCAUAGCCCUAGGGUAGUGCUUCCACGCCAGAUAACGUCGCACAUUUCGAAUUUUCAUACUGACAAUCAAAAUGGCUCCAACGAGAUUCGCAAGCGACUUCGUGAGGAACUUUUGAAGUGCCCUGUCACCGACGUCCCGCCCAACAUUCAGACUGCGCUUCCAGCUAUCCCCAUUGACGAAGCAAACUACUGCUUUAAAUGUCGAAAGGUUUUCGUAAACACUUACAUGCAUGACAAACGACCCCAAUGCAAGGGCGGCGAGCGAGUAUUGGUUAAAUGCCAAUUCUACAACAAAGCCAAGAGCGUGAUCAUUGGGUCCAUGCCAGAUGUACCUAGUGAUCUUGCUGAUGGCGACGUCGACCAUAUUGACGACGGUGAGGCCAAUGGGAACGAUGGUCCAGAUGUAGAUGUCCAAAAACAUAGCGAGACUGGCUUGUUUGUCUGUGCUCACGGCCACGCACCUGUGGUAGUACUCCCACUGCAAGUCCUCGUCCACCUCACUAAUAACCACACCACCAGACAUAACUGCUCCAAAGAGGAACGUGCACAAAUUCUGAAGAUACUCAAUACUUGUACAGUUACUGAAAUUCCGGCAAACAUUCAAACAGAAUUCCCUGCCAUCCCCAUUGUCAUCGCAGAUUAUUGUCUUAAUUGCAAAAUGGUCUUUAAGACAAAGACAAGUCAUGUCAAGAACGACGAAUGCGUCUUGGUACGAGUCAGGUGCCAAUUUUACGCUAAGGGUCUAGGCGUGGUGAUUGGACCGUUACCGCAAACGCCUGAUGACAACGAAGUCAUAGACUCCGACGAAAGUGACGUUGAAGAAGAAUUGAAGAUUGAAAAGCACCAGGAAACCGGCUUGCUUGUUUGCGCUGAAGGUCAUAAACCAAGGGUAGUGCUUCCAAGCCAAGCCAAAUAUCACGUCAGAUAUGACCAUUCCAUCAAACGUGGAUGGUCCAAAGGGUUACAGGAAAAGAUGAUUGAACUUCUCAGCGCCUGUUUAGUUAACGUGGUGCCUUCCAACGUUCAAACCCCACUCCCUUUCAUUCCUGUUGUCCAGUCAGAAUACUGCUUUAAUUGCUGCCGGGUAUUGAAGUAUAGCUCCGACCAUGACGAGGAAAAUGAAUGCUUGGGCAGCAAGCGAGUUCUAGUCAACUGCCAGUUCUAUUUACAAAAUAAGGCCUUAAUAAUUGGGCCUACGCCAGAAGAGCCCAACGAUGUCGUCAACAACAUUAGCAGAUCGGGUCUGGUUCACUUUAAUGAUAGUGACGACAAUGAUGAUUAUGAAGAUGAACCACCAUUGAACAUCUCGACUCACCUUGAAACUGGGUUGCUUGUGUGCGCACACGAUCAUGAACCGGUGCUAGUGCUUCCACAAAACAUUGCAAGCCACCUUUCACAACUUCACCCGAAAUCGCAGUGUUCCGAGAGACUACGUCAACGUAUCCGUCGAUUCAUAAGACGUUGUACCGUCAGUGAGGUUCCUGCCACCAUUCAGACCGCGUUACCUGCCAUUCCCAUGUCCGUCGCAGAAUAUUGUCUUCAGUGCAAAUUGUUGUUCAAAUCAUCCAACACCCACCAAAAGACAAAGGCGGAGGGGUGUGAAGUUGUGCGAGUGAAGUGCCAGUAUUAUAACCGAUAUCAAGCCGUCAUGGUUGGGGAUAUUACAGAUCAAACAGAUGUCAACGAGUUACCAGUUUUAUACGAAAGUGAUGUGGAAGCGGAGGUAUUAACCGAAUUGCACGAGGAGACUGGCUUGUUCAUGUGCGCUCAUGGCCAUGAACCUGUGGUGGUUUUACCACGCCAGGCCCGUCAACACACCGUAAGAUGGCACUCCGACGAGCGUGGCGGCUCCAAAGAAUUACGUAUCAAACUUCGUCGAGUUCUUGAGCGUUGCAAAGCGACUGAAGUCCCUGCCAACAUCUAUACCAAGUUCCCUGCCAUUCCGGUCACGAAAGCAGAGUACUGUUUCGGAUGUUGCGAGGUCAUCGGAGACUGGCCUCAUCAUGUAAAAGAGUCUUGCAAGCGCAUUCCACGAGCACAAGUCGACUGUCAAAUUUACCAGUACAGAAAAGGUGUGAUCAUCGGGGAUGUGCCGGAAACUCCCCCUUAUUAUAAAGACAUCGAUUCUGGAGAUUCUACGCUGGAUGCAUCCAAUGAUGAGGGCCACAACCGUCCUGACGAUUCAUCCACACCAAUCGAGGGUGAAGAUGAGGAGGACGAUGGCCUAGAAUUGAACAUCAUGAAGCACCAAGAAACCGGCAUACUUGUGUGUGCCCAUGGUCAUAAGCCUAUGGUGGUACUUCCUCUGCAGCUCACGUAUCACCUCUCAAAGAGACAUUCCUACAUGUACAACAGCACCGACAAGUCACGAGCAAGGAUUCGUCGUAUUUUCAGCACUUGUACGGCGACAGAGGUUCCUCCCAGGAUUAGUACGAAGCUUCCCUUAAUUCCCGUGAUUCUGGCAGAGUAUUGCUGCAACUGCUGUCGCGUAAUCAAGAAUGACCCAGAUCAUGAUUGGACAAAUGAGUGCAAGGACAGCAAGCGAGUGAUGGUCGAUUGCCAGUUCUACACCAAGACCGAAGCCGUGGUUGUUGGACCAUUACCCGUCGAGUCUGACUGA